GUCACGUGACACAAGCAACAUGGCGCUGUGCUGUGCUAUUAGUAAUGAGGUUCCAGAACAGCCAGUUAUUUCUUCAGCCUCUGGCCACAUCUAUGAGAGGCGACUGAUAGAGAAAUAUAUCAAAGAGAAUGGAACAGAUCCCAUGAAUGGCGAAAAAUUGGCAGCAGAUAUGCUGAUGGAGGUCAAAGCUUCUCCACUUGUGAAGCCAAGACCUGCAUCAGCAACAAGUAUCCCAGCAAUUCUGAAAUCCCUACAAGAUGAAUGGGAUGCUGUUAUGUUACACAGUUUUACGUUGAGACAACAACUUCAGACAGCCAGACAAGAAUUGUCUCACGCCCUGUACCAGCACGAUGCAGCCUGUCGUGUCAUUGCCCGUCUCACCAAGGAAGUCUCGGCUGCAAGAGAAGCCUUGGCCACCCUCAAACCCCAGGCAGGUGUGGCUGCCCCUGGGUAUACAGCUCCUCAACAACCGUCAUAUGGUGCGGAAGCCAAUCCAGAGGCUGCCCAACAGCCAAUGGAGGAGGCCGGCAUGAGUGACGAGGUUCUACAGAAGCUGCAAGACAAAGCUACCCUACUUACAGCAGAACGUAAAAAGAGAGGCAAGACUGUUCCUGAAGGUUUGGCUAUUGUUGAGGAUAUUAAGACUUACAGACAGCUGGCUUCUCACACGGGAUUACACAGUGCCAGUGUUCCUGGAAUUUUAUCUCUUGACGUAUGUCUGAAGGAUACAUCAAAGAUUGUUACCGGUGGAAAUGACAAGAAUGCUGUGGUAUUUAACAAAGACACAGAACAGGUAAUGGCCAUUCUCAAAGGUCACACAAAGAAGGUCACCAGUGUCAUUUAUCAUCCAGAAGAGGAGCUGGUGUUCACUGCCUCGCCGGACUGUACCAUCCGUGUGUGGGGUGUACAGACGGCCCAGUGUGCCCAAGUCAUUCGUGCUCAUGAGGCCCCCGUCACAGGCAUCAGUCUCCACGCUACUGGUGACUACCUUCUCAGCUGUUCCACAGACAUGCACUGGGCAUUUUCAGAUCUGCGCGUUGGCAGAGUUCUCACUAAAGUCAGCGAUCCAGCUUCUCAACACGCCCUGACCUGUGCACAGUUUCAUCCUGACGGUUUGAUCUUCGGUACCGGUACGGAGGACUCGAUGAUAAAGAUCUGGGAUCUGAAAGAGCGAGCAAACGUAGCUAACUUCCCAGGUCACCAGGGGCCCAUUACUAGCAUUGCUUUCUCUGAAAAUGGUUACUACUUGGCUACGUCUGCAGAAGAUUCUGUUGUCAAACUUUGGGAUUUGAGAAAAUUGAAGAACUUCAAGACUUUACAACUUAGCGAUAAAUAUGAUGUGAGGUCACUGUGCUUUGACCAAAGUGGUACCUACCUGGCGGUUGCAGGUACUGAUGUCAGAGUUUACCUGUGCAAACAGUGGCAAGAUCUUGUGGUAUUUAACGACCACACUGCGACUGCGACCGGUGUCCGAUUUGGCCACAAUGGUACGUUCUUGGCGUCGGCCAGUAUGGAUCGUUCACUCAAGUUCUUUGGUAUACCAUGAAGGACAUGACGACCUGGAUGAGUGUGUGUAAAUAACAGUGGAGGAGACAAGACUGGAGCUUGAUGGUGACCGUGUGUGUGUACAUAGAGACGUAAAGGGAGAGGAGAAGCAGGGCCUAUACAUUCAAAGCAUGCACAAACUAACACUUUAUUAGAAUAACAAAAAUAUUUUUCCACGAUUAUGAAGUUUGAUGGGAAAGAUAUUUGUUCAUGUUUUCAGAUGUGCAGAUCUGCUGUUUAAAAACGUGUAUUUUUCAUUAGUAUGUGAUGUGUACCAUGCUAGCUGAAUCACUUAUUUUCAACUCAAGUGUCCUCCUUAAGUACCUUGUUUUUUCCUAAAAAGGAGUUUAAUAGUUUGACAAAAGGUGAUUUUUACUGGAUGGAUUUGUAUAUUGUAUAUUUUCUUUCAGGAAUAAGUUUACCAUGCUUUGAAAAAAAUAGGUCUCUCUUUCUGAAAUACGCGUAUUUUUAUCCUUCAGAGUUCUUUAGAAUAUGUGUGUGUCUAUUUUUGGUACAGAAAUAGAACAGUUGUCAUACAUCAUGAUCUAAGCUGCUAACUGAAAAUGUGAAACGUCAAAAGCUAUUCUUAAUUUGGGGGGAAAAAUGUAAUAUUAAAUUUGUGAAUUAUGGUUUUAACAUUACAUCUUUUUGUUUUAUAGAAUCUAAUUGUAAACAUGUAUAUUGUGUAAAAAAAUGAAAAAUUGCCAGAACUUGUUAAAUAUUAACAUCCAAGGUAAUUAUUAAAUUCAAAAAUAUAAAUUACUCUAAACACAGUUUUUGUGGUAUGGUUUAUUUUUUGGUAUAUCUGAUGAGGGAUAAAUGAUUUGAAGACACAAAAAAUCACUACAGAAAGUGCUUCACAAAGCCGUGUAUUAAUGAAAUUGAAUCACUGCAGUGCCAUCAAUUUAUCUUUAAAAAGAACCCAUCUAUUAAUAUUGUGGACAAAAUUGGUGUGUGUACUAAUAUAAAAAGAGGAAUGACUUCAAAUUGCAAAUCAGUCUGACUCGAUUAAAGUAUACUCCUGUUUUACCAAAAAUCAUCUUUAUUGAUAACUGUGUAGCAGUUAUAUUCACUGUGUAGAAGUUGUUUACUGUGUAGAGAUUAAAAAAAUUAUAUACUGCAUAGCAGUUAAUGUGUUCUGUGUAAUGGUUUAAAUUAAUCUUGCAAGACUUUUUCUUUUUAUUACAUUCAAAAUCUGAACAAAAUCUAGGAAUUUAAACUUUACAUGAACUAUUUGUCAAUGUGAAGUUCAAUGUAUUUCAUUGUCAUUUGACUCACAAAACUUAG